UAAAGCAGCAUUUCCAGCACAAGCAGGACAGAGAGAAGAGAAGUUCAGCAAUGGCAAGAACCAAGCAGACCGCUCGUAAAUCCACCGGUGGUAAAGCCCCGAGGAAGCAGCUCGCUACUAAAGCAGCGCGGAAGAGCGCGCCAGCCACCGGCGGCGUCAAGAAGCCCCAUCGCUACAGGCCCGGGACCGUGGCUCUCCGAGAGAUCCGCCGUUAUCAGAAGUCCACCGAGCUGCUGAUCCGCAAACUGCCUUUCCAGCGGCUGGUGCGAGAAAUCGCUCAGGACUUCAAGACGGAUCUGCGCUUCCAGAGCUCCGCUGUCAUGGCCCUGCAGGAGGCCAGCGAGGCUUAUUUGGUCGGUCUGUUCGAGGACACCAACCUGUGCGCCAUCCACGCCAAGAGAGUCACCAUCAUGCCCAAGGACAUUCAGCUGGCCCGCCGCAUCCGCGGAGAGCGCGCUUAAACCCGCAUCAGCGCAUCACACCCCAACGGCUCUUUUAAGAGCCACCACAACUGAUCUGAAUGAGAUCAUUUCCAGCAGUAUUAUAGAAGUUUUGAUGCUUGUGUCAAACCAAAGCGUCAGAUCAAUAUCUACAGGUUAUAAAACAUUUGAGGGUUUUUUUUUUUUUUUCUCCAUUUAAGCUCGUCAUUUCAAGAAUGAAAUUGGAGAUGACUUUACUGUAUAAUGUAAAAUAAUGCUGUAUAGGUGAAUACUUUGAGUGAGAACAUGAGUGAUAAUGCUGAAGUUAUUUCAUAUCUAGAUUUUUAGUACAGUAAACAUACUGGAUAGCAUAUGCUGCACAUUAUUUUGAAAAUAUUUUCUUAAUGUUUUCAGGGAUAAUAUAUUAAUUUAAAAUGUAUGCAGGCAGUAAAGUGUAAGUAUCAAACGUACUUCUGCAUUUUAGCACUGAAGUUUAGGGCCGUGCUUUGUGAUGUGGCGCUGGUUUCUGUCAGGUCCUGUAAGCAACGACCCUUUGUACGGCUUCGGAGGUUAAACAUGAAAUCA